AUGCUGCGGUCCGCACCAACCGCCCGGGCUCUGCGGACAGCCGUGGCCCAGGCGCCGUCUUCACAUGCUCGCCAUGCCCGCUCCUUUUCAAGAUCGGCCGCUGCGGCGGCUGUGACGCCCAGCAAGACCGUGCCGACCGGUUCGCGGAAACAGACGACGGCUGCGACGGCGGCCGCGCACCCACGACCGGCACCCAGCGCGAGCUUCAAUGCACCAAAGGGCCAGAUUGUGCAGCCCCUGGUGAACCCUCGCAAGACGGUCAUGGACGAGUCGUUCAUCGGCAUGACGGGCGGCGAAAUCUUCCACGAAAUGAUGCUGCGGCACAAGGUCGAACACAUCUUUGGCUACCCCGGCGGCGCCAUCCUGCCCGUGUUCGACGCCAUCCACAACUCGAAAUACUUUGACUUUGUGUUGCCCAAGCACGAGCAGGGCGCCGGCCACAUGGCCGAGGGUUAUGCGCGCGCGUCGGGCAAACCCGGCGUGGUGGUGGUGACGUCCGGGCCGGGCGCCACCAACGUCAUCACGCCCAUGGCGGACGCCUUUGCCGACGGCACGCCCAUGGUGGUGUUCUCGGGCCAGGUGACGACGGCGGCGAUUGGCAGCGACGCGUUCCAGGAGGCGGACGUGAUUGGCAUCUCGCGCGCGUGCACCAAGUGGAACGUCAUGGUGCGCAGCGUGGCCGAGAUGCCGCGGCGCAUCAACGAGGCCUUUGAGAUUGCCACGUCGGGCCGGCCCGGCCCCGUGCUGGUGGACCUGCCCAAGGACAUCACGGCGGGCGUGCUGCGGCGCGCCAUCCCGACCGACUGCGACAUCCCGGCCAUGCCGAGCGCGGCGUCGCGCGCCAUGCAGGCGCUGACGGACAAGCAGCUCAAGCAGUCGAUUGGCCGCGUGGCCGACCUCGUGAACCGCGCCAAGCGGCCCGUCAUCUACGCGGGCCACGGCGUCAUCUGCAGCGAGGGCGGCGUCGAGCUGCUGCGCGCCCUGUCCGACAAGGCGUCGAUCCCCGUGGCCACGACGCUGCAAGGGCUGGGCGCCUUUGACGAGCUCGACGAGAAGUCGCUGCACAUGCUGGGCAUGCACGGCGCCGCGUACGCCAACAUGGCCAUGCAGACGGCGGACCUCAUCAUUGCGCUGGGCGCGCGCUUCGACGACCGCGUGACGCUCAACAUUGGCAAGUUUGCGCCGGCGGCCAAGCAGGCGGCCGCCGAGGGCCGCGGCGGCAUCGUGCACUUUGAGAUUAUGCCCAAGAACAUCAACAAGGUCGUGCAGGCGACCGAGGCCGUCGAGGGCGACGUGGCCGCCAACCUGCGGCACCUGCUGCCGCAGGUCGACGCGCGCACCAUGGACGAGCGCGCCGACUGGUUCGGCGACAUCCGCGCGUGGAAGGCCAAGUGGCCGCUGUCGGCGUACGAGCGCGCCGAGCGGUCCGGGCUCAUCAAGCCGCAGACGCUCAUCGAGGAGCUCAGCAACCUGACGGCCGACCGCAAGGAACAGACGCUCAUCACGACGGGCGUCGGCCAGCACCAGAUGUGGGCCGCGCAGCACUUCCGCUGGCGCCACCCGCGCACGCUCAUCACGUCGGGCGGCCUCGGCACCAUGGGCUUCGGCCUGCCGGCGGCCAUUGGCGCCAAGGUCGCGCGGCCGGACGCGCUGGUGAUUGACAUUGACGGCGACGCGUCCUUCAACAUGACCCUGACCGAGCUGUCGACGGCGGCGCAGUUCAACAUUGGCGUCAAGGUGAUUGUGCUCAACAACGAGGAGCAGGGCAUGGUCACGCAGUGGCAGAACCUCUUCUACGAGGACCGCUACUCGCACACGCACCAGAAGAACCCCGACUUCCAGAAGCUGGCCGACGCCAUGGGCGUGCAGCACCGGCGCGUGGCCAAGCCCGAGGACGUCGUCGACAGCCUGACGUGGCUGAUCAACACCGACGGCCCCGCGCUGCUCGAGGUGAUUACGGACAAGAAGGUGCCGGUGCUGCCGAUGGUGCCGGCCGGCUCGGGCCUGCACGAGUUUAUUGCCUUUGACGCCGACACGGACAAGAAGCGGCGAGAGCUGAUGCGCGAGCGCACGAGCGGUCUGCACGGUUAG